GUGUAUUGACACAGUUAUUUUAUCAGCAGAUAUAUCUACACAAUAGAUAUAGCAAGUGACAGAUUUAUCCUCAUGCUCUAUAUUGUAUAUCCAUUGAUUGCAUAAAUGGCUGAAGAUUCUGUUCCAGGAAGAAGAAUAAACACCCUUCCAGGAGAGUGGACACAACAUGAAAUGCGCGAAAAAGACGUUGACGAAAUCGACGUAGGGUACUUCGAGUUUUUGAUGAAAGAAAUAUGCCCGUGGAAUUACUGUGAUAGAAGAAAGACGAUUCAGGCAUAUUGUUCAGAAAACUCUGAUUUGAAAAAUAUAAACGAGGUUUUUGAUACCUUUCGGAAACGUUGCCGUUCUGAGAUAUGUGUAGAUUGCGACAUAGCAGCGGUGAAAUCAUGGUUAGAUCGCACCGAUAUCAAAGAAAGAUAUCCUAAUGUAUUUCCGGUCAUAGAAUCUGAUAGAAGCGUUCAUAAAAUUACGUUGUUCUCCUCCGAUGAAGAUGCUCUUAAGAAGAUAGUUGAACACUUGGAACGCUUCAUGACGUCACAGCGGCGACAUGGACAGUACCUUCAACACUCAGAAGACUAUUCAGAAGACUACGAUACAAUUUCUCAAACGCCUGGAGAGAAACUAGGCACAUUUUACUUGACUGCCAAACACGUUAUGUGUAUCUGUGUUGGUGAUAUAAUUGACUAUGAUGGACCUGAUGUUGGGAUCGUUAAUCCUGCUGUUGUCAGAAAAUCUGGGCAAAUUGAUGGCAAAGGAAUUUUAUUCGAACGUAUUAAGAAAGCGGGUGGUGAUACGUAUGAGGAUUCUUUAUCGAAAAACACACCUGUGGAUACAAUUUCUACAUUUUGUAUAGUGACAAAAGGUGGUCGUUUGAAAGCCAAAAUUAUACACCCAUUAAGACAAAUUAACGGAAAAUCUACAAGACAAACCAAUAUUUUCUUUAACAUAUCUGACUGUCUCUCCGCCGCAAGAAGAAAUAAAUUAAAGCGACUGGUAUUUCCUUUCGUCUACUCAGGGUCUGGUGGAGUGGAUAUAAAAGAUUGCGCAUACCACUACGCAUGUGCACUAACCGAAUUCUUUAGGGAGUAUCCCACGCAGCUAAUUGGACCUUACGAAACUUUCUUUGUUGAAAUUGACAAGCCAAAAGCCGUCAGCAUUAUGCAACACCUCCGGUGCUUGUUGGCAACGCAGAGUUCGGAGUUGAUGAAUGUUCCACGAUCAAUUGCUCCACGAUCUGAUCAAGUGUUAGCGGAAUAUGUUUUUAAGAACACAACUAUCGUUGUAGAAUACGGAGCAGCAAUCGGCAAAGUAAACGUUGACGUCAUUGUUUGUCCUGAAUACACACAAACUGACUACAGAGGCUUUAUUUCCAAUGCUAUCAAAUUUGCAUUUAGAAUAGAGAUCGGCAAAAUUGACGAGAAAGUUCGAAAAGGAAAAGUUGCAAGUUCCGUUUGCUCUUUGCAUCCAAAGUGUGAGCGCAAUAUAUAUGUUUACCACAUCGAAGCCGUAACGUUCAAAGCAGGGUCAUAUGCAACAAAAGAGGAGUCCAAAAACGCAAUCCGGAUGUGCAUCCAAGAAGUGUUCGAAAAACUAAAACGUCACAAGAGCAGGAACAUCAAAAGCAUUGCAAUACCUUUAAUUGGCGUCACUGAUGUUAACGACAUCUCGGCGGUCAAGACGGUAUGCAAGGUGUUCCUUAAAGCCGUCCUUGCAUGCAGCUCUACAAGGACGGAUGGACCUCAUUUGUAUGUUCACCUCAUUAACCAAUGUCAGCAGAUCACGGAUUGGUUACAGGAAAACCUUUACAGAGAGAUAUAUCAUCCAUAAAAUAUUGAAGCAAGUUACCUGUGUGAUCAUAACUUCAUCAAAAUGUAAGACUGUUUGCUUAUCGCUUGGGUUUUCAUGGAGUACUUCGUGGAGGACAGAGGAAUGUGCGGUUGCGUUAAUACACUUACAAGAUAGCAAACAAACCCUUUACAUCGCGCAUCUUAUUUAACGACUCAUUAUCUUUGCUUUAUAAACAGUAGAAUGUAUUACAAUUCCUGAAAGUUAUUAAAAAAUAAUAGAUGUGAAACAUGUCAUAACAAAUCAAAAACACACAAAUGUGUUUCAAACUACACAAAUGUGUUAAAACGAAUAGAAGUCAGAGGUUCUAUAUGAAUAACUUCCAUGAUACUUUGUUUCCUACUUACGUUGAUUCGCAUUUUAUGAAUCUUUAAACAUCGUCAUUUUUUUCAUGUAUAGUGACAUAUGUUUUAAGCAGCAUAAAACUGUUUUCAGUCGCUGGUUCCUAUUUCUACUUUUACACAUCGAAUCUAUCUGAAUUGUCGGUAUGAUAUCAGAUCCGAAAGUAUUACAUUUUAAUUUAUUAUAUCGUUCAUCAUUUACAAAUUACUCAUUGUUGUUUAUUGUGAAUAUAAUGCAUGCUCAUACUAUUCUAGAACGACACUUUAUGUACAUGCAUUAAACUCCCUUUUCACAGAGCACGACCCUAAUAUAUAAUAUGUUCCUGCCAUUGUUUGCUGCGACAGUAUACGUAACGCCAUUAUAGUUUGUUUAUUAUUCAAGCGAUGUAUCCAAUACUUCAAUAAAGUGCUUAUAAACACGUGUUUUUUUAAUGAAUAACUUGUACAGGAACUAGCAUGAAAAAAACAUUUUUAAACAUUGAUUGUAUUCAAUAUUGCGGAUUUAUUUUGUAAUCAGAUCUGUGUUAAUGAUAUCUUAUCUAAAUUGAUUGUAUAAACAACACAAAUAAUGUAGCAUGAUCAUAAAUACAGCUCAUGCGACAGUAUUAUUUCUUUACUCGUAUCGAAGUGUUAAGUGUAAGGCAAUGGCGUAUUGCCAUAUGCGGGUAUAAUAAUUUCAUGUUUACAUAUUAUCUGAAAUUGAUUAAACAAUAUUUUAAACGCAUAUUGACAUAAUAAUGAUAAAAAAUAAUUUGGAAAUAAUUCAAGAUCUGAUUUGUUCAGUGCUUUAACAUCGGAAAGCAUGACUACUAUUUCUCAAUAUAAGGCAGCAAUAAAUAGCAAGUUUACUGUAGCCUUUAACGUUAUGAAUAGGUUGCAAAACAAACCAGAAUCGUAGCAACCUUUAUAACCGUUGUCUGCAACCUUUUGUGUUUUUGCGUUCUUAUUGAGGCAAGGGAUGGUGUCCGCGAUAAGGACGUCAAAGAAGCCUUUACUACUUAGCUUAGGAUACACGUUGAUGCUGGAAUUAAUUAUAAUUUUGUUGGAAUUAAAAUGAUAAAAAAUAA